AUGAGGAGAAUAGCCCAAAGUAAGGAAGUGGAGUUUGGAGUGUUGGGAGGCGGGAGGUGAGGCAUGGCGGCGUCCGGGGUGUUGGUCAGCUGUUCGGGUGCUCUCCUGUCUUCCUUACUCUACGAGCAGUUAAGGAGCGGCCAUGCUCAAGAAGGCUUCUUACUGGGUCAAGUGCAGUCACACAUUAGUGAGCACAUUAGUGACUCCCAGAUCUGCAACGAGAAGAUGGAAACUGUCAUAAAUUUGUCAUCUUUUCUGCCAUGUACAAUGAUUGGAACAUUCUACUCUGGUGCUGGUGUUCUUAAUCAUGAAAAACUUACAAAGUACUUGGGAAAAAAUCUAGAGCAAGUAAUAGGAUGGUACCGGUGCCGUGGAUCCAAUUGUGAAGAUUUAUACCUGAGAGAAAUAAUGGUGCAUCAGCAACUUUCAGCAGUUAUGAUGCACACAGGUGGUCACUUCAUAGUGGGCAUAAUAUCGUGCCAUCCAUCUGUAGAUAGUGGCACAUUUACCGUAAACCACAAGUUCAUGAUGCUACAGAACAAGCGUCUUGAAGGCAUUGCUCUGCAGGUGGUGAACAUUGGUGAUACGUCAACUUCAGACUAUCUCCUGAAGCCUCAGAAUCCAGCUCUGUACUCUUCUUUGGCUGUUCAAAAUGUGCUUUCCAAAAUUAACAGUGGUGAGCCAGGAGUAUCAGAAGUUGAGACUCUUCACACUGGGCUGCUAAACAAGUUGGAAAUGCUUUUACCUAAGUUCUCCUCUGCUCAGGAGGAGCUUGAAAAUGCACGUAAAGAAGUUAUCAAGCUCAGGGAAUUGUGUAACAAACACAGUCUUAAACCAGACUUUACUCCCGAGGCAAUUCAGGAAACACCUUCACAUGACCUAAUGGAAUUUGAUGAGACUCCUGGUUCUUCCCCUAUUUCACAAGCUAUCAAGAGUAAAAAGCAAAUGAAUGCCAAAACACAAUUGUUCAGAAAAGGUUCGGGAAGAAAGAAAGAUGUCAAAGAAGAAAAGGGCACUUCAGAAUCAUCAGAUCCUUUUGGAUUUGUGAAUACUGAAAUGGAAAAACUUCAGGUGAAGAAUCGUAGUUCUCCAGUAGGCAGAGGCUCCAGGUCUAGGACAAGCACUCCAUCUCCAGCCCGAAUGCUUUCCAAAUCAAAAUCUGCAAUAAAUACAUUACAGAGAACAGCACGGCGUUCCUCAGAGUCUGCUGGCUCAAAUGAAGGAAGUCCUUUACCUGCAAAUAAACGUUAUAAAGAGAACAGCCCUUUACCUACUGCUUCACCAGACAGGAAAAAUGAUUCUCAGAAUGUAAUGGGUAAAGGUAGACCAAAGACUAACCGAACUGUAACCCGCACAACUUCAAAAGAGAGUAAUUCUCCUGCGAAGAAUACAAGAAAUCGAAGCCCAUCUGUUACAAGUUCCAUAGGAAGCAAACCUGGUAAGCCCAAAAUGCGUAAGGCUUGGUCUGAUAGAUCUUCUGAAUCUCAGGAAUUCUGAUUUAUUCACUAUUUUAAUGGUUUAUUUUUUUGUAUUAUAUAUCAUUGAUUUUUUCAUGUCCAGUGAUUCUUAAUCAAAUUGUUUAUCUGAUCUGUUAAAAAAUUAAGUAAGGCUUGUAGCUAGACAGUUUAUAUAAUUAGAAUAAUGAAAAUAUUGGAUUCCUGCUAAGUAUCAAGUCUUGAAAUCAAAUUAAAAUAAACCCAAAGUGACCUUUAAACAAGUAUAAUAGAAAUCAUUCCUGUUGGAAGGUUAAAAGUGCUCUUGACAAUCCUUUGGAUUUCUUACAAAAGAGUAACCAAAGAAAGACUGGAUAUUGCCUUUUUGUACUCGUUUUUACACUAUGUCGUGUAAAGUUAGGUUGAUAAGUAAGGUGUAAAUAGGUAAGCUACCUGUAGCUAAUGCCUUUCAUACUUUUUAAUACAAUCUAAAUUGUAAGCAGGUUUCUCUUGACCCAGAUAUUUUAUAUUUCCGGUCCAAGCUACAGUCAUUUUAUACAGUGACAAUAAAUUUUUUGCAUAUUC